CCUCCGAGGCUCCGGACCGAGGAGACCGGGAGGGAGGCGCAGUGGGAGGGCGGAGGGAAGACAAAGAAAGGGGUGCGGCAGGCGGGACGGGCGUGACCUCAGCCGCAGGAGCGCCUCUGCCUCGGGUGCUGUCCCCGUCCGCUCUCGCCGCGCGUCCUGCCCUCACCUUUGCGUCGCCCGCGGUGGUCUGCCGGGCCAUGGGGAGCGCGGGCCGGGCCCUCUGCGCCCUGCUGCUGGCCACGCUGGGGCCGGCGUCCAGCCAGUCGCAGCCCGCGGAGUCGCCGUGCACGGCAACGGGGCUGGCCAAGUACAGCCUCACCUUCACCGGCAAGUGGAGCCAGGCGGCCUUCCCCAAGCAGUACCCGCUGUUCCGGCCGCCCGCGCAGUGGUCGUCGCUGCUGGGGGCGGCGCACAGCAGCGACUACGGCCUGUGGCGCAAGGGCCAGUAUGUCACCAACGGGAUGCGGGACUUCGCGGAGCGCGGCGAGGCCUGGGCGUUGAUGCGGGAGAUGGAGGCGGCGGGGGAGCAGCUGCAGAGCCUGCACGCGGUAUUCGCAGCGCCCGCCGUGCCCAGCGGCACCGGGCACACGGCCACCGAGCUCGAGGUGCACCCGCGGCACCCACUGGUGUCCUUCGUGGUCCGCAUCGUGCCCAGCCCUGACUGGUUCGUGGGCGUGGACAGCCUGGAUCUGUGCGACGGGGACGGCUGGAAGGAGCACGUGUCCCUGGACCUGUAUCCGUACGACGCGGGCACAGACAGCGGCUUCACCUUCUCAGCUCCCAAUUUCGCCACCAUCCCGCAGGAGCCGGUGACCGAGAUCACGUCCUCCUCGCCCAGCCACCCGGCCAACUCCUUCUACUACCCGCGGCUCAAGGCCCUGCCGCCCAUAGCCAGGGUCACCCUGGAGCGCCUGCGCCACACCCGGGCCUUCAUCCCGCCCGCCCCGCACCUGGUGCCCGCGGGGAACGAGGUCCCCGACAGCCCCUCAGCUCCAGAGACGCCGCUGGACUGCGAGGUGUCCCUGUGGUCAUCCUGGGGGCUGUGCCGGGGCCCCUGCGGGAAGCUGGGCUCCAAGACUCGUACCCGCUAUGUGCGCGUGCAGCCUGCCAACCAGGGCGCACCUUGCCCGGAGCUGCGAGAACAGUCCGAGUGCACCCCUGACAACUGCGUGUGACAUGUCGCCCGCACCUGCGUGUGACGCACCCCCUGCAGCUCCUGCCCUCCCUCAGCAUGGGCCGCAAGUGCACACCCACCGCCACGCUAACCCUGUGCCCUUGUAUUUAUUACCCUUGGGACACUACCCACCUCACUCCCCCCGGGCCACCCCAAUCUGGAGACCAAGCCAGGUGCCAUGAAAUGCAGGACAGUGUCCUGGAGCACGGGGGUAGGAGUGGGAGGCAGGACGCGCUUAGCCCUACAGCACCCCUAUGCUGGGACAAGGUCGGGUUCAAUGACCGGCACC